AACCCAAAAACGUACCUCUUAGAAAGUUAACCUGGCAUAGAAAUGAUUUUUAUGUCAUUGUUUACACUUUAGUGUUAUUUUAUCAGUUCAACUUGGUACAUUUUUUCUAUUUCUGUUUUUAAAAGAAUAUUAAUAUUAUGGUAAUCAAGUGGCUUCGUGCAAUUUUGUCUUCGUCUAAAAAGUUGAUCGGUACUGAUCAUCUGGGAAACAAAUAUUUUGAAGAAGUGAGAGCUUCCGGUAAAAUCCAGCGUUCUAUUCAAAAUGAUACGAAGCAUGAAGAUUAUUCAGCUGGUCACAUACCACUGCAGUGGGAAGCAUGGAUUCGAGGUAAAAGAAAAGACGCGCCUACUCUACAGGAAAUUGAAGAGCAAGCAAGAUACACAUCGACAGUGUUAAGGAGGGCAGCGAUCAAAACAAAAGAAGAUGAUAAGAAGCAAGCUAUAGCGUAUGCAGACGGUUUAAUUGCAAAGGAAAGACCAUCAGACAAUACACCAGCCAAACAAGCUUUGUCAAGGAAUGUUGAUACAAAUUUACAUGCCACCACUGGAACAAGUUACCAACCUGACGCUUGGAGUCCAGCAGCGGUUAACAGUGAUACAAAGACUAAGUACGAACCGGAAUCCUGGACACCAGGCAACAACAUCACUGGUUACAUCAAAAAUUUAUCGCCAAUGAAGUCCAGAAUUUAGCUUUUGUUAUGUUGUUGAGAUUUUUCAAAUCGAAGAGAAAUUAGCUGCGUAGGAGCUUUUAUAUUAUUUCGUAUGUAUAUGUAGAGUCUAGCGUAUCUCACAUUGGAAAAAAACACAUCACAGAAAUUAGGACGUUUUAGCUAAUUCAUCUUUUGUUCAACCAGGAAAAAUUUCCACUUUGUUUACCUGCAUUUUUGCAAAGUUAUUUUAUGGAAUAAAAACCACGAGGGUGCCGAUAAGCCGCAUACACCUUGAAAAGUGCGGGCGUUUUCUGGCGAGUUCGGCGUUUUGAAAUAAAAUCAGGUAUUCGCCUGAAAAAACCCACAUAGAACCGAACAAUGCCCGAACAAAAAAAAAGAUUCAACACAAAAACACUCAAUGAUUCACCUCAAUUUUUUUAAAAAAAUAUAAAAAUUAUAAUGAACUCUGGUAGCGAAGUGCUUAAAAGAAGUGUUUUUGCUGGGUUUUUAUAAGAUUUACUUGAUAAAUAACUUAUACAGAAAGAAAAACAAUGUGGUUGCCUAAUAUAUUUUUAUGUAUAUAUAUUAAUUACUUAUGUAAUAUUGUUAUAGAGAUUUAUGAGAAUAGCUGUCAGCUCCAUUUUCUCAGUUUUAACGUUUAUUGUUGUAUUAAAUAACACAAUUUUUGAGGAUGGAAGUUCGAAGUGCCUGUUAUUUUUCCUGAUGUUACUUCUAUUCCGAUAUGUUUGUAAAGAUUUUUGAGAAUCACAUCCAAGCUGCUACUUUUUAUAAAUUCCUUGUCUUUCAUAAUUGAUAUUUUCUUCUCAUUCACAAAUUUGUUACUUAAAAUUGCAGUAAUAUGAUGUGCUGAUGGUACAAACAGGACUUGUCUAUUGGGUUUUACAGGAAUUGAUUUUUCGAAUACCCAGUGUUGUGUCUUUGUUUUUAUUAUAUAUAUACUUAUGUAUAUAGUUAAUUGUGUAUUCUUUUGUUAUUCAUGGUUUUUGAAAA